AUGAGUCAGGCUCAGCUUUCACUUGAUCUUUCUGCAGUAUCAAGGCUUUUGCAGUCUGCAAAAACCAGUUUGCAAGACAAACAAGCUAACCAAACGAGCGAGUUACCAAAGCAAAACUGGGUACCCAAAAUUCCUCAUUUGCUUGGAUCUGCUUGUAAUUUACCUUCCUAUUUUCAACAAAAGAAUGUCCCAUGUGUGAAGAAGGACGAAUUGGUUUCAAACGUGCCCUCUUAUGUGGAUGAAUCUUCUUCCAUUGAAGAACCAACUACCCUAAAUCCUCACGUGCCUGCUCCCGGAAUCACCAAAAAGAAAAAGGCUGUUAAGGACACUGCUGGAGGAGAUUGGUUUGACAUGCCGGCAACCGAGUUAACUGAGUCCGUAAAGCGCGACAUCCAGCUUUUAAAGAUGCGUAACGUCUUAGAUCCAAAACGUCACUAUAGGAGAGAAAAUGCGAAACAAAUGCCAAAGUACUUCCAGACGGGUACCGUCAUUGAGGGUCCUCAAGAUUACUUUUCUAGCCGUAUUCCCACCCGUGAACGAAAAUCAACCAUCACGGAUGAACUAGUUAAUGAUACCGAACGUCGUGGUUACUUUAAGAAGAAAUAUCUUGAGAUUCAAAAAUCAAAGAUGAGUGGUCGUAAAGGACAAUACAAGAAACUUAAAGAAAGAAGAAAACCUUCUUACUUAAAAUAA